CAAGUAUAUAUAAAUCCCAUUCCCUCCACUGAUAAGCGACAAAUCUUUCCCCUGUUUAAAAAUGGAGUUUUCCUUCUUCCCGGUUCGAACCACAAUCCUCCUGAUGCUGCCCUUCACAUUCCUCCCCAUCUUUGUCCACUCCUACACCGUGAUCGUCUCCGACUCCGGCGCGCCGUCGGCGUUGGUGGAUGCGCCGCAGGCGACGCAUUCCGCGAACGGCGACCGCGCACGGACCGAGCCCCGGGAGCAGGAGGCGGUGCACGAGAUCAUGAGGGCCACCGGCAACGGCUGGGCGUCGGAGAUUCCUGACGUCUGCCGUGGCCGGUGGCACGGCAUCGAGUGCGUGCCGGACACGGGCGGCGUGCUCCACGUCGUCUCGUUGUCCUUCGGCGCGUUGUCGGACGACACGGCGUUCCCGACCUGCGACGGCGGGGGCGGCCGCCCGUUCAUUUCGCCUGCGAUCACCCGGCUCCCGCACCUCCGGACCCUGUUCUUCUACCGGUGUUUCGCCGGUAAUCCCCAACCUAUCCCCCCUUUCCUGGGGGAGCUCGGGCCGAGUAUCCGAACCCUCGUCCUCAGGGAAAACGGGCACAUUGGGCCGAUUCCGAACGAGCUCGGGAACUUGACCCGGUUGAGAGUUCUUGAUCUCCACGGAAACACCCUCAACGGUUCAAUACCGGUUCACCUAAACCGACUUACCGGUUUGAAAUCAUUGGUCUUGAGCGAGAAUAAGCUGACCGGUUCGAUUCCCAAUUUAACCUUCCCGCUCCUACAAUCUCUAGACCUAAACCAAAACCACCUCGUGGGUCCAAUCCCAACAGGAGUCACAAAGUGUCAAUCAUUGAUAAAAUUGGAUUUGAGCCGGAACCGGUUGUCCGGACCGGUUCCAGAUUCCAUAGAUUCCCUUAAGAACAUAAUACUAAUGGACUUGAGCUACAACAACCUCACCUCUCCCCUUCCAAGCAAUCUCAAGAACCUCAAUUCUCUUCAAGCUCUGAUUCUUAGCGGGAACCCGGUGUCCUCUACGGUCCCAGAAUCCAUUUUCAACGGGUCGAACGAGUUGGCGAUCCUAGCGAUGUCGAGCAUGGAUCUCGCGGGACCCAUCCCCGAAUCGCUCGGAAAGUUGACCAGCCUCCGAGUGCUCCACCUGGACGGGAACCGACUGAGCGGUCCCGUCCCAGAGAGCCUCGGCGAGGCGAACAACCUCAACGAGCUAAGGCUAGAGAACAACGAGUUGAGUGGGAGGGUACCAUUCAAUAGGGAAAUGGUGCUGAGGAUGAGGAGAAAAUUGAGGCUCUCCAACAACUCAGGAUUGUGUUAUGAUGACGAAAAUGCCCUUGGGGAUGGCGAUCUUGAGGCCAUUUCUGGGAUUGGGCAUUGUGGGAAGAAGAAGAAGAGUGAGAUUGAAGUGGGGAGAAAAGUGGAAGAACAUAUGUGGGGAGAAUCAACAAGUGGGAAUUUGUCACCUCCUCUUUUUAGGUGUUCUGAGUUGCAAAUAUUUCUUCUGCUUCUUGUUUUCUUGAUGCUUUAAAACCAGUGGAAGACUGGAAUUCAUUUGUGUGUAUAGUUAAAUCAUCAUAUAAAAUGUUUAAUGUUCCUAUAUGUUAAAAUUCCGGCGGGCCGAUAACAACGGAUAGAGUGUCGGGUGAAAUUAACCACUUGCAUAUAAAGUCGGGAUCCACAAUUCUAACUCAAAAGCUUAAGCUGAUAGGUAGGGCUUCACCCUUCAAUAUAUGCAAGUGAUACUC